GUUCAAGGGUACCGGAAUCUGCAACGAAGACUUCCAAUCCUGCACUGUGUGGUUUUGGUCAAAGACCCCCCGAAGGAUGUCUUGAUGGCCUACGGCCUCACAGAGAAAGACAGCCGUGUGUAUUGUCUUGAAUCCACUUGUCACAGCCCUGACGGAUGUCGCUUGAUUCCACUGGAAGAAUGGCUGAAACGUGAACUCAACCCUUUGUUCGUGGGCAGCAAAGUCUUGUACCGAAGUUGCGAAGUUACCGAUGAUACGCGGGUUGCCCCAAAGGCCUUUUGGAACUGGGUGAUUGAAGCCCGCACUAUUCCGUAUACAAAGCUCUCCACCAAGGCUGGCUUCGAUUUGCUCUACAAUUGGUUAUUUUCAUCUGAAAGGGUUGUUCAAGCGUUACUCGAGGUCCAAACCGACCUCUCCAUGGUGCGAGUCAUGAAGAUCGUUGGAGAUGGGCCCUUGGGCCACAUUUUUGCAGGGUUCUGUGGGCUCGUGGCCCAGUUUGCACUGGCGCUUUACUUCACCAUAGUUACAAUUACCGUCAUCCUGUUCCAUAUUCCUGAAUUGCUCCAUCAAGGACGACUCGGUCGUGUCCCUGCCGAGACUAACGAACGAGGCUUUGUCAAGACAACCAACUGCAGCGGUUGCACUGCAGAAUCUCUCAUGAAUCUUGGACUCUUGGAUGGUACCAAAACUGACUCCUCCUGGUGGUUACCCCGUGACUUUUUGCCAAGGGAUGUUGCUUCGAGUGCAACCGGUGGAAAUUUGCUGGACCUACACACUACUCAAGCCAAGUACGCCAACACAUUGAUUGAUGUCUUUGUGCCUGACUAUGAGCUGGAGCAGCGUACUCGUCAAAGUGUACGAUAUUCGUUUCAGAAACAGCUUGCUCGUGAACUCCGCCAGUAUACCGGGACGGAGGAAUUCUCAUACGAUUCAGAUUCAGAUUCAGCAGAGAGUGACUGAGUAAGUAAAUUUUCGGAGGAAUGCGAAAUGCGAAAGUUCAAGAUUGUGAUGGGAUCAAAGAAUUGAAGACGUAAGAUUAUGAAUGGUGAAAGAAGAUGCCUCAUCCCAUUCCUUGAGAGAUCAGCGUGCUGUGCCUACGGUAGGGUAGAACAAACAAGUAAUGUAAAGCUCGUCC